AUGUCUCCAUACCGGAUUGUUUUUGGUAAGGCUUGUCAUUUGCCGGUUGAGGUGGAGCAUAAAGCAUAUUGGGCAGUGAAAUCAUGUAAUAUGAACUUUGGCGAGGUCAGUUGUGAGAGGAAAUUGCAAUUACAAAAACUGGAAGAGCUUAGAUUGGAGGCCUAUGAGAACUCUCGGAUUUAUAAGGAAAAAACUAAAGCCUUUCAUGAUAAGCAGAUUUUGAGAAGAGAAUUCCAUGUAGGAGAUAAGGAACUUCCUGCAGGAAGUAUUUUCAAGGUUAAUGGGCAUCGUCUCAAAGUGUUCCACGAAGGUGUGAUGGGAGGAUCGAUGGAGAAGCUGAAUUUGGAGGAGGCAGUCUACUCGACUUGA